GGAGGGGUGCAUUCGCCGGAAGUGAUGUAAACUAUGUUGUCUUGGAAACUAAACCGCUUCUUUAGCCAGAUAAGCUGUCGCCAUGGCGGAGGACACCCUGACAACGGUCCCGUCUGAGUCUACAAAUGGGAGAAAACCACGUGUUAAAAAAGCUCCAGACCUACCGAUCCCCGAAAGACGCAACUGGCUCAUUCAUCUGCACUAUGUCCACAAGGAUUACGAGGCUUGUAAAGCUCUGAUUAAGGAACAGCUCCAGGCUACAGAGGGUGUCUGUGAAUACGCAGUCUAUGUGCAAGCAUUGAUCCUAAGAUUGGAGGGGAAAAUCCAGGAAUCUCUUGAACUUUUCCAAACAUGUGCAAUCUUAAAUCCAACCAGUCCAGAUAACCUGAAACAAGUAGCUCGAUCCUUGUUUUUGCUGGGGAAGCACAGGGCAGCCAUCGAGGUUUACAAUGAGGCAGCUAGACUCAAUCAUAAAGACUGGGAAAUCUGUCACAACUUGGGAGUUUGUUACAUGUAUCUGAAAGACCUCAGCAAAAGUAAAGAGCAGCUGAAUCUUGCUCUUCAGUUGCACAAGCAAGAGCUGAGCGCCAUGACCUUGGGAAAGAUCCGGCUUAUGGAGGGAGACACAGAUGGUGCUAUCCAGACCUAUUUGCAGGCGCUGCAGUUGUCUCCAGAGAGCACGGAGUUGUUAACCACACUAGGGCUCGUGUAUUUACAGAAUGGUCUAUAUCAAAAAGCGUUUGAGUACCUUGGGAACGCUCUCACGUAUGACCCCAGCAAUUAUAAGGGAAUACUAGCGGCUGGCUGUAUGAUGCAGUCUCAUGGGGAUUAUGAUGUUGCCCUCAGUAAGUAUCGUGUUGCUGCUUCUAGUGUUCCUGAGAGCUCGCCGCUAUGGAACAACAUUGGAAUGUGCUUUUAUGGGAAGAAGAAAUAUGUUGCGGCCAUCAGUUGUCUGAAGCGUGCCCUUUACCUUUCCCCAUUUGACUGGAGAGUGCUGUACAAUCUUGGGCUUGUCCAUCUCAGCAUGCAGCAGUAUGCCUCAGCCUUCCAUUUUCUGAGUGCAGCCAUCUCCCUACACCAUGGAAAUGCGACACUUUACAUGCUAUUGGCAGUGUCACUUACCUACCUGGAAGAUACGGAGAAUGCCAAGAGCUCAUAUCAGCAGGCAGCGAGUCUUGACCAGACGGACCCCCUUGUGAAUUUGAACUUUGCUAUUCUGCUCUAUAACCAGGGUGAUAAGAAGGAAGCACUGGCCCAGUACCAGGAGCUAGAGCGCAAGGUUGGCGUUCUCCGAGAGACUUCAAGUGAAUUUGACCCUGAGAUGGUUGACAUGGCACAGAAGUUGGGGGCUGCUCUGCAAGUUGGAGAGAGUCUGGUGUGGACAAAGCAGACAAAAGACCAGAAGGCAAAGCAGCGUGCAGCAGCUAAAGGUCCUAGUGCAGAGCAGACGCCAUUGGGCUCUAACCAAGCUCUAGGAAGGGCAAUGUCUUCUGCAGCAGGAUACAGUAAGGCUCCUUCCCUGCCUUCGGGGUCCACUGCUACAGUCUCAAAACCUCCAUCUCUACCACUGGAACCAGAGGAUUCUUCAAAUUCUGGUUCCACCACAGAAUACAGAAGGUGACCCUGUUAAUGCUCAUAAGAGAAACCAAGAGGCGCUCCAAUGUGUAGAAUGUCAACGCAUGGAAACGCGAAAAAACAAUUAUGCUUACCAAAGAUAGUUGUGCAGUAAUACAGACACAACUCUGCUGAAAGCAUGGUAGGUGAGUAUAAAGAUGGACCUGCCGCAGGGUCCAGACCGGAUCCUUGUAAAUUAUGGAAAGAUGCAAUAGAUAAGCGGGUACAUCCAGGGCACUGUUCCAAACUAAUAAAAUGUAUUGAAUAGAAUAAAAUAGGCCUAAUAUGAAUGCGUUUUCAGAGGCUUACAGCCUCCUUCCUCUGAUAGGUAUCUGAGGAAGGGGGCCAUACGCCCAUUUAUACUAGGUCUAUUAUAUUUAUGUUUACUUUAUUCUAUUUAAUGAACUUUUUAGUUUGGAAAAGUGCCCUGACUGUACCAGCAUAUCUAUUGCAUCUUUCCGCUCACUGCAUCUAUGAACAACUUUAACAAAUACUCAAACAAUGUAACUCAGUGCAUCUGAUUUAACUACAUAUGGUGAACAGUAACCUUUUUUAUAUUACUGAUAACAUCAAAGGGUAUGUCCACCCAGACUGCCCUGCCCCUAUGCCCCAUUAGAGCAUACGUAAAAGGUUCCCCUGCUUGAGGCCCCCCUCUAUUUGCUGUGAAAGAGCAUAUGAAAAGAACAGCCUUUCUGUGGAAGACUUGGCACUACCAUGCGUUAGUUGCUCACCUAUUGGCUUCAUUGGGUGAUCUGUAAUACUACAUCUACUUAUUAAGAUGUACGGACAGCUUCUUCCAGCAAAAACUGUUGAUUGACAGCGGUGCAAGCAGCCGAAACCCUUGUGAUCAGCUCCAGGUUUUGGGGUUGUUUAUAAGAGACAUGAGCGGUUUAUUACGUGAUCUGCUACCAAUCCAAUGUAUGUCAAACUUGGCAGACGUCCAUCGAAACAAAAAGAUUUAGAAACUGUUACAUUGGCAGUACUCUUCCAGGUCCUACUGAUGCAAGUUGGUAACAGAGCCUGGAGUUCUGGAUCCCUUGUGUGAAUGAAAGGUGACUUUCUGCAUAGCCAGGGCUGUACACAGUAGUCAACAGUAUUUCCCUCUGCUACUAAAGGAAUUUUCUUUUCAGACAAUCAUUGCUAGGUUAAAAGGGUAUGCUUCAAGAUGAUAUAUUCUAGGGUUUUAGAAAUUAAAUCAAGUACAUCAUUUUAUGGUACUGGUAGACUGUCUUAAGUGACAAUUGUAAUGUCUUAACAUUAUUGUUCAACCUGCAGUGUAAGAAACGUAACAUGUAUGGCUAGCUUAAAGGGCAUCUGUCAGCAGAUUUGUACCUAUGACACUGACUGACCUGUUACAUGUGCGCUUGGCAGCUGAAGACAUCUGUGUUGGUCCCAUGU